AUGAAACUUUAUCUAACUUUUCUCCGUCUACAACUGCUGGAUUGAGUUAGCCCGGCCCAUCUGGUGCAGCAAAUGGCCCAACUCACCAGGGAGCGAGGGGAGUGAGAGAGGAGAUGGUAAAGAGGGGGGUGAGGAGGGAGGGGGGAUUGAAAACAGAUCAGCAGCUUGAAGAUCUCAACACCACCGCAUGUCUCUGCAACAACUGCUGAGUGAAGCCAAACCGCUUUGACUCCAAACUUUUUAUUACGAGAACUUGAGAAAAAAACCUUUAACGCAUCAUGUUCACUGUUUGCUGAAAGGCGCGCGCAGAGCACGCACGCGAGAGCGCAGCUCCUAGAUGAAGAUGGAUUGUAAGAAAAAGUUAGACGCGACUUGUGCUCCGCUCUGAGUCGACCAGCUCUCCGGGAGUAGCGAAGGGGUGGGAAUGCCGAGCAAACUUUGUCCGUGUUCAAAACUUUUUUUUCUUAACUAAAGUUCAUGGAGUUUCGCGUCAAGUCUGCGCGUUCUGCGUCCAGCGCUGCUGCCAGCUCAAGUCGUUAGUUUACGGGAAUCCGACUCCGACGAAGUUUUUCCUCGGACAAAAAAGACUCGAGUGGGAGAUCUUCGGUGUCGACGCGGACAGAGGCAGCCGUGAGAGUUGUGCUGGACAUUGAAGAGCAGCAUGGAGACUUCAGCUCCAACAGCCACUGAGAAGAAGGAGUGUAAGGGCUCAGGUUUGGACGGAAGCAGCUUCUCAGAACUCCCAAAAAAGCCCUCACCCACCACUAUGACCAGAGGUGCCCACCACCUCUUCCCUCCAUUUCACGCUCCCAUCCCAAUCGACAUGAGACACCAUGAGGGAAGGUACCAUUAUGAGCCACACCCACUUCAUGCUAUGCAUGGACCUCCAGGACUUACAGGCAGUCCAGUCAUCUCAGAUAUUUCCCUGAUCCGUCUAUCACCCCACGCGGCAGCCGGGACAGGCGAGUCACCUUUCAGCCCGCCACAUUCAUACGUCAGCCCCCACAUGGAGCACUACCUGCGCUCAGUACAUAGUAGCCCCACACUCUCCAUGAUCUCAGCUGCCCGAGGACUGAGCCCUGCUGAAGUGACCCAUGAACACUUGAAGGACCGUGCCCUGUUCAGUCUCCCCCCUCCUCCACCAGGAGCCAACCCCACAGAGUACUACCACCUAAUGGCCAGUGCCAGUCAGCGAAGCCCCUACAGUGACCUGCUGAUGCAGAGCGGUGCGGCGGCAGCUGCGGCAGCAGCGGCGGCCGCUGCAGCGCACCUGCCUGAUUACAUCAGCCCCAUGGACGUGUCACGUUUUUCCAGCCCACGGUUAACACCCCGGCUGAGCAGGAAGAGGGCACUGUCCAUCUCUCCACUGUCAGAUGCCAGCAUCGACCUGCAGACCAUGAUCCGCACCUCACCCAACUCCCUUGUGGCCUACAUCAACAACUCCCGCUCCAGCUCAGCUGCCAGCAGCUCCUAUGGCCACCUCUCAGUCGGAGGGAUCAGCCCCUCGUUCAGUUUUCCUCAUCCCAUCAAUCCAGUGGCAUACCAGCAGCUGUUGUCCCAGCAGAGGGGUCUCAACGCCUUCGGCCACACACCUCCUCUCAUUCAACCUUCACCAUCCUCUUUCUCUGCUCGCCAGCACCCCCUCACUGCUUCGCCUAUGUCCACCUCCCACAACAGCUCCAAUGCAGAGGCAAACCAGAGUCUGUUGGCAGAUCAAAGCCCCUUCCCUCCCCAACCCCCGACCCUGUCUCCUCCCCACUCUAUACCAAGGAAUGCCAGUGGAGACCCAGCAGUGAGCAGCACAGUCAACCCACUGACCACUAAGAGAUCAAAAGUUAAGACAGAAGCAGAAGGUCCGCUGCCUAUCUCACCAACUUCUCAGGACCAUGGUGGAGGGAUUUUGGACUUGAGUGAGGAUCUGGAUAAAGACGAGUGCAAGCAAGAGCCUGAGGCCAUAUAUGAGACCAACUGCCACUGGGAGGGCUGUACCAAGGAGUACGACACCCAGGAUCAACUUGUUCAUCACAUCAACAACGACCACAUUCAUGGUGAGAAGAAGGAGUUUGUGUGUCGCUGGGAGGAGUGUUCACGGGAGCAGAAGCCCUUCAAGGCUCAGUACAUGCUGGUGGUCCACAUGAGGCGACACACCGGGGAGAAGCCUCAUAAAUGCACAUUUGAGGGCUGCUCCAAAGCUUACUCUCGUCUGGAGAACCUCAAGACCCACCUCAGGUCCCACACUGGAGAGAAACCGUAUGUGUGUGAACAUGAAGGCUGCAACAAGGCCUUCUCCAACGCCUCAGACCGGGCCAAGCACCAGAACCGCACACACUCAAAUGAAAAACCAUAUGUGUGUAAGAUCCCAGGGUGUACCAAGCGCUACACGGACCCCAGCUCUCUCAGGAAGCAUGUUAAGACAGUCCACGGACCAGAGGCCCACGUCACCAAGAAACAACGUAGCGACGCUCCUCCAAGACAGCAGCCACCCAAAGGCAACGGGGAGAAUGAGGCAAAUUCCAAGCACAGUGCAAGAGGGGUGGACGGCAAGAUUGAGGCCAACAGCACCUCUAGAGGAGUGGAAGACUGCCUACAAAUUAAAUCUAUCAAGACAGAGAACUCUAUGACAUAUCAAUCCAGUCCUGGCGGCCACUCGUCAUGUAGCAGUGAGCCAUCGCCUCUCAGCAGCGCCAACAACAACGACAGUGGGGUAGAGAUGGCCAUGCACAGCGGGGGCAGCUUCGGGGACCUCAGUACACAGGAUGAGUGCCCCAUGGUUGACUCCACUGUUCCCGCCGGGGGACAGCAGGGAGGGGUGGGGCUGCAGUUAAGGAAAGCCACGGGUCCUGGUAAUGGGGUAACCAUCAAGCUGGAAAACAUCAAGAAGGAAAGGCUGAAGACAGUGAGAGACUCCUGCCCCUGGGUCAACUCUGGACCACAACCACCACAGGGCCAUCGCAACAGCAUGAAGCUGCCUCCUAUACCUGCAGUCGGUUCCCUGCUGGAAAGCUCCAACACAAUGAGUAACCUAGGUGGUCUGCACCCCAGCCAACGCAUGGGGGACCUGUCUUCAUGUGAAAUAACACUGCUAAACCAGCUGAAUGAGCGGCGUGACAGCACCACCAGCACCAUCAGCUCAGCUUACAACUUGAGUCGGCGAUCUUCCGGCAUUUCACCAUGCUAUUCAAGUCGUCGCUCCAGCGAGGCGUCCCAGUUUGGUGCUAACCGCCAUAAUAAUAUCAGCUCAGCUGACUCCUAUGACCCAAUCUCCACUGAUCUGUCUCGCCGUUCCAGUGAGGCCAGCCAGUGUGGAGGUGGUGGUGUCAGUGGAGGAGGUCUCCCAAGCCUUCUUAGUCUGACACCAGCUCAGCAUUAUCGGCUCAAGGCAAAGUACGCUGCUGCCAUUGGUGGAGCUCCACCUACUCCUCUGCCCAAUAUGGAUCGAAUGAGCCUGAGGACCCGCAUGGCAUUGUACAGUGACUCCCAGGAAGGCUCAUCUCAUCCAUUCCAUCAGCCACCCUCUGGAACUGCACCCCGGCGAUGUAGUGAUAUUGGGUAUGCCACCCAGAGCAUGAUGCCCCAUGAGGUACCAACCAACCUUCCUCGCCGUGCCAGUGACCCAGUGCGUCGUUCCACACUUGACCAUCUCUCCUUUCCAAGGGUCCAGCGUUAUAACAGCAUGAAUAGCAUGAACCCUGUGAAUGGUCCAUCAGCUGCAGAACGGCACCAGGCACUUGCUAUGCAGGGCUACACUCGUUCUGAUGGUAGCCUGCAACGCUACCCAUUUGCUCCCAGACCACCUAGCAUUUCUGAGAAUGUAGCCAUGGAAAACAUGGCAGUAGAUGGGAUGAUAACUGGGGAAGAGCAAAGUGGGGAGGAUGAUAUGGUUCUUCCAGAUGAUGUGGUGCAGUACCUCAGGUCCCAGAAUUCUGGCCUCUUGGGUCACAACUUGGGGCAAGUGGACUAUCAUUCCAACAAUCAGACUCAGGGCUACCAGACAGGCAUGGCGCCACCAGCAUCAUUUUAUGCACAGAGGAGGAUGGCCAUGGUGGAUACCACCAUGACUCAGUCUGUUCAGGAUCCUCCCUUCUCAGCACCAUCCGACAAUAUGAAAAAGAAUAACAUGCCAGUGCAGUGGAACGAGGUGAGCUCGGGGACUGUGGACACCACAACCAAGCUCUCCAGACAGCAGCAGCAUCCUAUUAGGGGAAACCUAGCUGUUAUUCAGCAGAGGAACAAUUUUGGAUCCUUUCAGGCACAAGGUCAGGGCCUGGGCAGCAACCAGCAGGUAGUGCCUAUGAGUCAGAAUAUGUCUAUGCAGGGGUAUGCAAACCACAACGGGCAGAGGCUGAUGAACAUUACCUACCAGCAGAAUCAGCAACAAAGACAAGGCAACAAUGUGAACUUUAGUGAGCAAAUGAGUCCUCAGCAAGGGUAUGGCCAAGAGGCAAUCCCAAAUUCUAUAGCUGGGAGCACUAGCAUGAGACCUACCCGCAACAGUAUGGUAGAUCCAGAACUGCAAAGUUACAGGGCAAGGACACAGGCUGAUGGGUAUUCUCAUGUAACACAAGUAGAUCAGAAUCAAAAUUGUAAUGUUCUCUCCCAGCAGCAGCAGCCCAAUAUUCAUAAUGGAGGCAGGGCAAUGUUACAACCCCGGCCUCCCACAGAGCCUAAGUCUAUUGCCAGACAACACAUUGGGUCUAGCAUGAAUACCCAACAAAGCCGAAUACCCAAGUCAACUGAUUUGAGCCACAGUCGUAGUAAUGACACCUCAGAGGCGAGUCCAAAGAGGCCCAGUGGGUCAGUGACCCACAACAGUAACUCUGAAAACCCAAACUCUGCUAUGUUUUACACAGGUCAGAUUCAUAUGCUUGAGCCAACUUCUGUCAGCUUUGAUACCCCCAUGUCCCCCUGUGCCAGCCAGGCCCCUGCCAGCAACAACACUGCAGUAGCCAACAUGGCCUCACCGGGGGUCAACCAGGUCUCCAGCAGUACAGUGGAUUCUUCCACUGGUGGAUCUGGUGGCACGGAGCAUGCCCAGAUUGACUUUGACACCAUGCUAGAUGAUGGAGACCACUCCAGCCUAAUGUCAGGCACCCUGAGUCCUGGCCUUCUGCAGAGCCUCUCCCAGAGUUCCUCACGUCUGACCACCCCUCGCAACUCUGUCACCCUUGCGUCUGUACCGGCAGGGAUUGGCAACAUGGCCAUUGGUGAUAUGAACUCCAUGCUCACAGCUUUGGCUGAAGAAAGCAAGUUCCUCAACAUGAUAAGCUGAGAGCAAACACCUCACCAUCCACCCAUUUUUAGCAUUUUUACAUCAGGAAUAUAUGGACUACAAGAAAGCACUGAUUGAACAAUGCAAAACUGGUUAUUUCAUAAAUGUUUUCAUCAUUGUCCAUAGCAAUAUGCUUACCUUGUAAUAUUUGCCUCAGAUUAUGAUAUGUCACAUUAAGAAGUUACUAGUAAGGACCAUUUUCUAUCAUCAUUUGUUAAAAAGCCAUACUUUUAGCUACAAUUAUAUGGUAGACCAGGGUAUAUACAUGCAUCUACAAACAAAUGCCAUUCAGUAUUUACUGGCGUAAAAGCCCUUUACAAAUUGGUGCACUGAAAGCAGUUCACAUAGUGCCUUGCUGAGGACAUCAUGGUUGAGCGUCUGAAAAAGAGUUACCAGGACAUGGACAUGAUAUGUAGAGAUCAGAUAUUAUUUUCUCAUGAAGACCUUUAUGUAUAUAGAUUAUACUGUAUGGUACUUAAAGUUAUGCUAUAGACUUCUGACGUUUGAACUAGGGCUGUCAAAGGUACAAUAACACAUGAACACCUACCAUUAAUUCAAAAAGGAUGAUAAAUGUAAUUUUUGAAUUUGCCUUUUUUAAAUGACACCAAUAAUUUUUUGUGAAGAUUACAAAAUAUUCUCUCAAGGCUAAGCUACAAUUUGCUGUACCUUCUAGUAUGUGACCAAUUCAAUAUAUUAGAUAAGAGACUCACAGUGAUAACCUGGAACACACACUACAGAAAAGUUAUGAAAAUGAAUAAGAGAGGGGAACUUUUUAUUGGUGAUCAGGUUUGAAACUAUCACGAUUCAGAAGGACAGCUAUAGUGCUAUGUAUUUUUUUUUUUAGAACUACAGUUUAUUAAGCUUUUCAUUUCACUGCUGAACAUGCUGAUGUUUAAAGCAUUGAGGUUGAUGAACACAGGGCCCAACAAUAAACCUUGCAUGUUGAAAUUGAUACAUGCUUAUCAUGAAAAUACUGUAAACAUUAACUGUUGUUGCAGUUUGUAUGCACUUAAUUCAACUAUCUUGCAGCAGAAAAACUAAGCAAAGAGGUGUUACUGUAGCACCCUGUCUUGUGCAUUUACUAGUUCUGUAUUGCUGAGUCUCAAAUACACCUAGAUUUUGGAAUAAAGGUUUAUUUGUGAACAAACUUUACUUACAUCAGGCAUAGUGAAAAUAUGUUUUUAUGUUUGUUUAACUGUCAACAUACAGUAAUACUAUUCAAAAUGGAAAUGUUUGCGGUUUUUAGAAAAUGAAGCAUUUGACAGCCCUAGUUUAAACACAUGGUUGUAAGAAAAUUAUAGUACACAGAUAUUAGGUGCUUUUUGAUCAUGGUUGAGCUCUUAGGGAUGGCACUGAUGAACACUGAACAGACUUCCUUCUGUUCCCUCUGGAUCAGAGGCAAUAACUCUCCGUGGUCCCAUCUCACAAGGGUAAAUAAUUGGAAAGGACAAGGAUAUGCCCCUGUGUUAGUCUAUCAGGGCACAUGAACCCCUGUGUCUGAUGAAGAGUAUUCUCUAAAAGAAUAUACAAGUACCUCUGUGUGUUCUCAGUAGAGAUCCAACCCUAAUUAACACAUUCAUACCGCCUCCCUUCACUACAGCCCAUACCUCCCCUGGGUUCUGGAUGAACUGCAAAGAGUCUAGGAAGGGACUCCAACUUUGAUAAUGAAAUCCUACUUCUGACAGGAUUGGUGAACUAACCCUCCAAAUUCCUCAGUUUUAUCAUGUUUGCUGAAUUUCUAAGUAGCCUUUCAAAUGUUUGUGUGUAUGCCACCAUUCACCUUUACUAUGCUCAAUGUGUGUUGAUUUGUAUGAGUGUGUAUAUAGCUUUUGUACAUUUCAAAUAAACUAUCUUCUUUUUUCUGUUUAAAUCCCCUCAUUGUAUCCUCUUUGAAAUCACAUGGUCUGUGGUCCCCGAAGGCCAUGUGACAGUAAGAGUAGUAUGCUACAAGUGAAAUCAUGUUUGGCAUGCUC